AUGGUGGGCGAUUCUGGAUACCCACCAUGGACAUAUUCUUAUAUGGUUGUUCGAAAAGACACAGCACCGGCGUCCUCGUUGCAUGGGCGCACAUUAUCAACGAAAUACGAAGUAACUCCUGCGCCUGGUGAUUACAAUCCAGAGAAAGCAGAGAAAAUCAUUCUGGACCGAUCACCGAAAUACUCGUUCGGCAUCAAAACUCAGACUGAGAAGAUCAACUGUACGCCUGCGCCGAGUGACUAUUGCACCGAAAAGGUGAAUCUCGAUAAGACACCCGAGUACAGUUUCGGGUUGAAACCUGUACUGGAGAAAUCGAACGAUAUUCCCGCGCCUGGGGCUUACUAUCCGGAAAAGGUAAGAUUGGACCAUAUUCCACAAUUCAGUUUCGGACUUCGGCAUACAAUCGCAAAACCCAGCGACACUCCAGCACCUGGUACAUAUAGUCCUGAGAAAGUAAACCUUGACAAAGGUCCUCAGUACAGUUUAUCCGGAAGAAGUCGAAUGGAGAAACCUGAUGACACCCCUGCGCCAGGUACGUAUUCCCCUGAAAAAUUUAAAAUGGACACGACACCGCAAUUCAGUUUUGGACUGAGGCCGGCUCUCAAACAAAUAAGUGACACACCAGCUCCAGGAACAUAUAGUCCAGAAAAAGUAAAUUUGAACAAAGGUCCCGAAUAUAGUUUAUAUGGUAAAGGAAUGUCAGAAAAACCGAACGAUAAUCCAGCACCUGGAACUUAUAGCCCCGAAAAAGUAAAUUUAAACAAAGGUCCCGAGUAUAGUUUAUAUGGUAAAGGCAUGUCAGAAAAACCGAACGAUAAUCCAGCACCUGGAACUUAUAGCCCCGAGAAAGUAAAUUUGAACAAAGGUCCCGAGUAUAGUUUAUAUGGUAAAGGAAUGUCAGAAAAACCGAACGAUAAUCCAGCGCCAGGAACAUAUAGUCCUGAGAAAGUAAAUUUAGAUAAGGGCCCUCAAUACAGUCUGUCCGGUAAAGGAUUACCAGAGAAGCCUAAUGACAAUCCAGCGCCUGGGGCUUACUAUCCGGAAAAGGUAAGAUUGGACCAUAUUCCACAAUUCAGUUUCGGACUUCGGCAUACAAUCGCAAAACCCAGCGACACUCCAGCACCUGGUACAUAUAGUCCUGAGAAAGUAAACCUUGACAAAGGUCCUCAGUACAGUUUAUCCGGAAGAAGUCGAAUGGAGAAACCUGAUGACACCCCUGCGCCAGGUACGUAUUCCCCUGAAAAAUUUAAAAUGGACACGACACCGCAAUUCAGUUUUGGACUGAGGCCGGCUCUCAAACAAAUAAGUGACACACCAGCUCCAGGAACAUAUAGUCCAGAAAAAGUAAAUUUGAACAAAGGUCCCGAAUAUAGUUUAUAUGGUAAAGGAAUGUCAGAAAAACCGAACGAUAAUCCAGGUGAAUUUCUACUUAUUUUAAUUUUAUAUUAUUGUUACCUUUUUAUUUUUAAUUUCAUAGCUCCAGGCACUUAUUCUCCAGAAAAAGUAAAUUUAGAUAAAUCACCGCAAUACUCAUUCGGUGUAAAGGCAUUAACUGAGAAACCCGAUGAUAUACCAGCUCCGGGAAGCUACCAUCCUGAGAAGGUAAAUCUGAACAAAUCACCCCGAUACAGUUUUGGAGUUAAGACUACUGUGCACGAUACGAGUUCCCUACCAGGUCCGGGCGAAUACAGUCCAGAGAAAGCUAUGCUUUUAUUAGAAAAAGCAUUCCGAUUUACUUUUGGUCUUAGGACGAGUAUAUACAGGCCCGAUAAUAUCCCAGCUCCAAAUGUUUAUAAUAUUCCUUCCGCUCUUGGUGGAACUAAGGAAGGAAACAAGAAAGCAGCACCCGCUUAUUCGAUCUCAGGUAGACAGAAGGUCUUCACAGAUGAUCGAGUUUUAGUUCCUGGACCUGGGACGUAUGAAGCUAUUAAACCGGAUGCAGUCAGGGUGAAGAGUCCCGCUUAUAGCAUAAGCGGCCGCUAUCAGCUGCCCAAUGACCAUUCCCAGAUCCCAGGACCCGGUGCACAUNACAACAAUAUUCACAGCCAUUACGUAUUAAAUGAAUUACGGAACAGUGAUCAAGGCGUUCGUAACGAUUCCUGCAUAAAUAUUAAUAUUUAA